AUGGAAAUCGAUGAAAACGAACAGUUAACUUCGGGUUCAAAUUUAUCAGACAAUGGAAGCGAUUCCGAUCAAACGGAUGAACAUGAGAACCUUCAGGCUGAACUUUCAGAAACAAUAUCUUCGUUGCUUGAGCAGCUUACCGACAAUGUUUAUCAAUACUCGGUACACGUCCAAUACAUUCAAGCUCUCCGUCGGGCAGCACUUUUUGAGGAAUUGAGAGGUGCUCGGGAAAUGAUGCACCGAAUUUUUCCUUUAUCAGAAGAGAUGUGGCUUGAAUGGAUUGAGGAUGAAUCGCGACUGGCGGUUACCAAAGAGGAAAAACAGAGCGUGAUUAAUCUUUAUUCGGAGGCGGUCAAAGAUUAUUUAUCAAUUAAUAUAUGGUCCUUUUAUACAAAUUAUGUACUGAAUGAGUACAAUGAUUCGCAUUGUCAGAUGGAGGGUAUGGACAACGAUUCUGUAUUUAUUACAUUAGAACAUGUUCGUAAAGUGUUCAAGGAAGCAUGCGAGGAAACUGGAUAUUUUGUUCCAGAGAGUCAUAAAAUUUGGGAUCCCUACAGAGAUUUUGAGGAAAAAAUUCUGGAGUUAUCACCAAGCGACGAACAGAAGAAUAGAGUUAAGGAAAUGUAUUUGGAUCGUCUCAAAAUACCUCAUUCAACCUUUGAAAAGACAUUCGCAGAUUAUUCAUCGUUCAUCACCAAAUAUGAUAACAGUAAUUAUGAAAGAUGCAUGAUCGAGGCUAAUGCUUUUUUUAGCGAAACAAAAAUCAAAUAUUAUGAAAUGGACAGAUAUGAACAAGAAUUAAACACAUCCAGUUUCGCUUUAGAGAAAUUCAUCAAGUAUAUCGAUAAUGAAAUAAAACAGCCUAACCCACUUUUACCAGCGAUCCGUACCUUAUAUGAAAGGGCAAUCACGCUCUAUUAUUUGGACCCAUCUCUUUGGGAAAGAUAUAUUUUUUUUCUUAUUGAGAAAAAGAUUUCUUAUGAUGACCUUCUUAAAAUUUGUGAACGCAGUGUGCGUAAUUGUCCAUGGUCUGGUGAUUUGUGGAGUCAUUAUAUGCGUACAAUGGAGAGAGGGACCGUUCCAAAUUCAUACGAUGAGAUAAAAAACAUAUAUCAAAGGGCUCUGUCGACCGGGAUGCUUAAUAAUAAUGUAGACGAUUUGGUCAAAGUGAUUAUAGCAAACUGUGAUCUCGAGAGGAGAACGAUAAGUAACGAAGGACCUACCAAUUUAACCAAUUCGGAUGCUCUCAAAAGUAUUAUUGCAGAAGGGCUUCAGACAGUCAAGAAAGCUUUUAAAAACGGGGAUCCUCUAUGUCGUUUAGAAAAAUACUUGAUAGAAAUUGAGACAAUAACUGGAAACGUGAAUAAAGCGAGGGAGGUUUGGGAACGGGUCAUUAAACGGCACCACAAAGAAUCAGAGGUGUGGCUUCGUUACGCUGAUUGGGAAAGAUCCCUGGGAAAUAUAGAUGAAGCUCGCAAAAAGUACAGGAAGGCAUCCCAGCAGGAUACGGAUUGGCCAGAACAAAUAUUUAACGCAUGGGAACAAUUUGAACAUCAUUAUGGGACAUUAGAAGGUUUGGAACUUGCAUACAUUUUCAUAGGAAAGCAAAUGGAGUAUGUGAAAAAGAAACGUGCCAAGGCUCUGGAAGAGGCUCAAAAGGUUCAGUAUGAACAAUUUCAGGCAGAGCAGACUGCUUCUGUUGCCGAAGACCCCAAUCUCGCGAGCGAACAAAACCUUUUGGCAACGGAUUCACGAAGUGAUGUCAAAAAAAGAAAAUACGAGGAAGACGAUGAGCAGAUAGAGGGAUCGCCCUUUGAGAAAAGAAAUAAAUCGACUCACGCUGACCGAAACAAACGCGAUCGGGAAUUUUCUACAAUCGUCGUGAGGAAUUUGCCUUUGGAUACUACAAAAGGCCAAUUGAAAGCACUGUUCCAUGAAUGCGGGAAGAUUGUAGAAAUCCGUCUAAUAGAAGACCCCGAGAAAACUCACAAAUAUGCAUACAUUGAAUUUGCUCAAAGGGAAGACGUUCCCGUCGCAUUGACUAAAGACAAAAAGAAGGUCGGCGAAAAUGAAAUUGACGUUUAUAGAGUAUUUCAACAUGUCUUGUACGUCACCAAUUUCACCGAGUCGACAAAUUUGAACGAACUAUUUAAGAAGUACGGAGAAAUAAUUGAGGUUCGAGUUCCGAGCAAAACUUGGCGUGCAGGAAGAUUUUGUUAUAUCGAGUAUAAGAAUAGGGAAUCGGCACAAGCUGCCGUAUCAGAAAUGAAUGGCUACGAAAUUGAACCAGGAAGGAAGUUGAAUGUUAUGAUUUCAAAUCCCUCGUUGAAGAAAACACGUUCGCCACCAAUGCAAAAAGAAGUUUUUGUUCGCAACCUUCCGAGUCGUGUUGAAGUCAGCGAAUUGGAGGCAUUCUUUAACGCGUGCGGUAAGGUUGUUAAGGUUAGGAUUCCCAAGACGAAGGAUAAUAGAUGUAAGGGAAUAGCAUUUGUGGAAUUUGACACGGAGGAACAUGCGAAAGCCGCGAUUGCGCUGAACUCAACAGAAUUUAAAGGAUGCAUAUUGAAUGUUUCGUUGAGCGACGUAAGUCGCAACGACGGGCAAAAGCGUCAACCUGAAUCUGAGUCUAGUGUCAAUGCAACAAAAAAGAACACCGAACGGAUCAAUUCUGUGAUAAUUAGUCAAUUACCACCAAAUGCCACGAAGAAAAUGAUACAUGGAAUGAUAUUGACAAAAUUUCAGGAGGAUGCAAUCCAAGAUAUUACUUUGAUGUCUCUAGAAAAUCGCGCCAUUGUAAAAUUUGUGCGCGUCGAGGAUGCCGGAAAAGCGAUCUUGUUAUUUAACAAAUACAAUUUAAAUGACAGAACCAUCAAUGUUACUGCCGAAGAGGAAAUGACUCGUGUUGUACAAGAGGGCGCCGACCCGUUAAGCAUGGUACCUAGGAAGAUACAUAAACCUUCGACAAAUAAGAAAGUCAAACUUGAACAGAAAAAGAGGGUCAAACUUGAACAGAAACCUCAGGCUUCCAACAAAAAUUUUGAUGACCAUAAGAAUACAGGUGAAGGCAAAAAAUCUAAUGCAUAUUUUAGAACCAUGUUUUUAAAAGGCAAAGGAAAUGCCGAAUGA